GAAUUCACCUCUGUCCUUGUUGUCGGUUUGCACAUUCCCCCCCAAGCGCUAAUGCUAAGGAGACGCUUUGUGAGGUUAUUAGCAAACUGCAGAACGCGCACCCUGAUGGACUGUUUAUUGUCACUGGAGAUUUUAACCACGCGAAUCUCAAGCAAGUGCUCCCCAGAUUCCAUCAGGACGUGGACUUUGCAAUGAGAGGGGCGAACGCAUUUUGGACCUUGUUUAUACAAACACCCCAGCUGCGUACUGGGCAAAGCCCCGCCCCCACCUCGGUUACUGUCAGGCGCUCCAGACCAGUCCAGAAGCAGGUGAAAACCUGGCCAGCGGGAGACGUCUCUGCUCUUCAAGACUGCUUUGAGCACUCUGACUGGCACGUUUUCAGGGAGGCUGCAACCGAUGGCGACUCUACCAACUUAGAGGAGUACACAGCAUCAGUGACCAGCUACAUCAGCAAGUGCAUUGAUGACGUUACUCUGUCCAAGACCAUCACUACACGCGCUAACCAGAAGCCAUGGAUAACAGCAGAGGUGGGUGUGCUGCUGAGGACCUGUGACUCCGCAUUCAGAGCAGGCGACAAGGCAGCCCUAACAACAGUGAGGGCCAAACUGUCCCGAGCCAUCAGAGGGGCAAAGCGUGCACACACCUAGCGAAUCCACAACCACUUCCGGGACAGUGGUGACAUGCGGCCCAUGUGGAAGGGCAUCCAGGACAUCACCAACUACAGGACAACAUCACCUGCCUAUAGCCGAUGUGAGGAAAACUCUAUGCAGGGUCAACCCACAGAAGGCUGCUGGACCAGACAAUAUCCCUGGUAGUGCUCAGAGGGUGUGCAGACCGGCUGGGAUUUUCUCAAUGAUAUCUUCAACAUCUCCCUGAGUAGCACUGUUGUUCCAACGUGCUUCAAGGCUGCCACAUGCCUAUGAAGUCUUCAGUGUCCUGCCUCAAUGACUACCAUCCCAUUGCAUUCACAUCCAUCAUCAUGAAGUGUUUCAAGAGGCUCCUCAUGAGGCAUAUCAAGACCCUGCUGCCCCUCUCAUUGGACCCCCUGCAGUUUGCAUACCAUCCCAACCACACAACAGAUGACGUCAUCGCCACCACCCUCCACCUAGCCCUAACCUACCCAGACAAAGAAGACACAUACAUUUGAAUGCUGUUCAUAGACUUCAGUUCAGCAUUCAACACAAUCAUCUCUCAGAAACUGAUUGGAAAGCUAAGCCUACUAGGCCUGAACACCUCCCUCUGCAACUGGAUCCUAGACUUCCUGACUGGGAGACCUCAGUCAGUCCGGAUCGGGAGAAGCAUCUCCAACACCAUCACACUGAGCAUGCCCCCCACCCCAGGGCUGUGUGCUCAGUCCACUGCUGUUCACUCUGCUGAUCCAUGACUGUGCUGCAACACACAGCUUGAAAUACAUCAUCAAGUUCGCUGAUGACACAACCAUGGUGGGUCUCAUCAGCAAGAACUAUGAGUCAGCUUACAGAAAGGAGGUGCAGCAGCUAAUGGACUGGUGCACAGCCAACAACCUGUCUGAAUGUGAAGAAAACAAAAGAGAUGGUUGUUGGCUUCAGGAGAUCACAGAGUGACCACUCUCCGCUGGAUAUUGACGGCUCCUCCAUUGAGAUAGUUAAGAGCACCAAAUGUCUUGGUGUUCACCUGGUGGAGAAUCUCACCUGGUCCUUCAACACUAGCUCCAUAGCCAAGAAAGCCCAGUAGCAUCUCUACUUUCUGUGAAGGUUGAGGAAAGUGCAUCUCCCACCCACCAUCCUCAUCACAUUCUACAGAGGAUGUAUUGAGAGCAUCCUGAGCAGCUGCAUCACUGCCUGGUUCGGAAAUUUCAUCAUCUCAGGUCACAAGACUCUGCAGCAGAUAGUGAGAAGUGGGGGCUGAAGAUUUAAUAUCGAUACAUGCAGAACCCCCCGCUGUGGAAAUUGGACACCGUUUGGAAGUGACUUGCACUGCGAUGUGUUCAGCAGCAUCAAUAGUAAUGGAAGGAAUAAAAGAUCGAAAUUCAACAAUGCAAAACAACAAGCGGACCUACUCUGUGCCAAGUAUUCAGUCAUGGCAUGUUAAAGUGACAAGUCAAGUGAGAUGCUCAGCUGGGCCUGUACAGAGCACAAGUAAAGUGAUAACUGUCUACAAUCGAGAUUUAAGUAUUAGUUCCCCUCCUGAAGGGUUGGAAAUUAAUAAAACAUAUAGCCUGGAAUGCAUCGGUCCAAGGGUCAAUCCUGAAAAGAAGCUCAUACUCAAAUGGCUGAGAGGAAGUGAGAUUGUUCAGAAUGAUUCUGCAGAAAAUGUUGGUUCUUUAUAUCUGAAUGAACGAUUAAGGAGUGUCUUUAAUUUUACUGCCCAGUCUUCAGAUGACGGACAGGUGUACACCUGCUUGGCAGAGGUGCUCUUGGACUCCAACGACACAUUACCAAUUGCAAACUCCUCUGUGACUUUGAAAACUUACUAUAAACCUAGAAGCAUAAUUAUCUUAGCAAACAACCGGACAAUCUCAGAGUCUCCAAUACAUUUGAGUGAUGGCGAUAACAUCACGUUAGUCUGCGAUGUAGAAGGAAACCCAAAGCCAACGUUAACAUGGGAAUUCCCCCAAAAACAUAACAUUGCAAACAGUUCCUCCGCAGUCCUUCAUAUUUAUGAUGCAAUGACAGAAAAUAAUGGAGUGUACAGAUGUAUUGCUACAAAUAAAUUUGGAACUGCUGAAAAGAAGGUGGACGUCAAAGUUACAGGUAAAACUUCUGUAAUAGUGGCAGCAAGUAUAUCAGCCGCAGUCAUAGCAACCCUUGCAACAGGUGCUGUAAUUUACUAUUUCUACCAAAAAGCUCAGAAAAUACAAAAAUACAAAUUACAGGAGGCAAGGCCUAACAAUAAUCCACAAGUGCCGAGUGGAUAGUAAAAUCAGAAAAUGAUCAAAAAUCAGUACCAAACAAAAGAGCAAUAAAGGAACGUAUUUUGCAUCAACUUAAAAACAGUCAUUGCUGAUCCUGCGGGAAAAAAAGAUGGAUUUGCCCAGUAAUUUUCCCUGCGAGACCUCCACCCCCCCCACCUGAUGCCUGUUAUGCCACUGGUGUUUAGGGCAGCAAUGAAGGUCCUUCAUCUCUGGCGAUGUUCAGGACUUCCUUCAUCGUGUCAGUGGCUUCCUCUCGGUUUUCACUACUGUCAGGCACACAAAUCCUGCGUGGAGACUCAGGAAUACCAUCGCACUCAGAUGUAGAAGGAUUCUUCAUUGCUGUUUCCAUUACAAUUUGGUUUGACCAGUCAGGAUUGUUAGCCCUGAGCUGAAACCUGGAACCUGGAGGACUGGUGGACCACUCUUAGUCUGUCCUCUACACUUUGACCUGUUUGGCGUGAGUGACCCUACCAAGGCCCAAGGCAUAAAGCCCUGACUCCAGCCGACAUAGCUCUCCACGUCAUUGAGGCACACAAACUCCCAAACCUCACAGCAAAGUUGUGGUCUGAGUUAACAUCCAUAGAGACACAUGAACUAUUUCUUCUGCAGUUUAAUAUGUUUUGGAGCCUGUUGCUUUGUUGCCUCCCCUCAGUCAUUAUUGGUGUGUGUUAAAAGAUGAUAUGAGCAAGUAAUUUUUAAAAAAAAUUGUUUUCAGCUAUAGGAACAUAUUAAUAAGUAACGGGUCCUGUGGAUCUAGUUCUGGCAUACAACAUUUUGGGAGCUUGCUAACAAUUGGAAUGGGAAAGAGGUCGCUUACAGUCACUGGAAGUGUUAUCAGCUAUGCAUCUACUUCUGAAGACGUUCUUCAUCAUAUGGGAAUUCAAGGUUACUUCCAUUUUGUGCAUAUGGUUAUGGUUAAUGACACAAAUGUGGGAAGUGUCAACUUUUCCACUGAUGGGGUGGGCGGUUUGGGACUUUCUGCGCUUACAGUACGUAGGCCUGUACAGUAUGUGUAGCUGAUUCCAGAUUUGCAGUCUGUCUCAAAUACUCUUCCAAUUUGAGACACAGGCAAAUCAAGAGGCAUCAAGGAGUCUCCGUGAUUAUGCACUUCAAGGGGAUUUUGAGUUUUCGCUCCGUCCAGCUGGUAAACACUUCAUGGGUCAGAGUAAGAAAGUGACUGUUACAGAAUGUUGGCCAAUCAGAUGAGACUGUCAGGUCAACAUUGCCAAAUGAAUGUGACCAGGUACCCAAUACCAGGGAACAACAGCCUGGGAGAGAACUUUGAUCUUGGUUAACUUGGAGACUCAUUUUAUAAUUCACAAGUUACUGGAAUAAGUAUCCUCAUUGACAACACUAUAAUGUUUUCCCUCACUUGUCAGCAAUUGACAGGGGAUUUGUACAUGUUUAGAAGCAGCGUGUAAAAUCAGCAAUUUUCUGAAUGAUGUAUUUCUUCCCCAAAUUUGUAACUCUUUCCAGCCUUGCAAUACCACAAUAACCCUUCCCAUUCAUUGUCUUUUGAACUUCCUUAAUUUUAAUCUAUUGCUGGCUUUGCCUUCAGCCAUUCAGGCUGCACUCGGUGGCCACGUUAUUACGUACCUCCUGUACCUAAUGACUCUAUGUUCAUGGACUGCUGCUGCUGUAGCCCACCUGCUACAAGGUUCAAUGUCCUUCUGCACACCACUGCUGUAACCUGUGGGUUUUUUAGUUACUCUCUCCUUCCUGUCAGCUUGAUCCAGUCUGACCAAUUCACCUCUGAGUUCUCUCAUUAAUAAGAUGUUUCUGCCCACAGAAACGCCACUCGCUGUUUUUUUUCUGUUUUUCCACACCAUUCUCUGUAAACUCUAGAGACUCGUGUGUGUAAAUCCCAAGAGAUCAGCAUCUUCUGAGAUACUCACACCACCCUGUCUAGCACCAAAAUCAUUCCACGGUCAAAGUCACUUAUAUCACAUUUCUGCCACAUUUUGAUGUUUGGUCAGAACAACAACUGAACCGCUUGACCAUGUCUGCAUGCUUUUAUGCAUUGAGUUGCUGCUACGUGAUUGGCUGACUAGAUAUCUGCAUCAAUGAG